CUAGAUCCACGUGUGUUAAUCUAGCUUUAUUGUGACAAUAAUUCGAGACUGCCAACUAGCGGUGACGGAUAACAGUAGCAACGCUUAGUUUAGUUAGGCAGUCAAGAGUGUCGUCAGUCAUCCACGUCUCAUUGCUCAUUCUACAGUAGGUACCUACGCGAAUACUGUUUCAAAGUUAUUGACUAAUUAUUAAAAAAAAAUAAACCCAUUUGUUUAGUAUUUUUUUUGUAAUAAAAAAUAUGUCGUUCUAUCUGUAUUUAUUGAUUCUGGUUUCAAUGAAUGCAUCGUCGCAGAGCACUGACACUAUUGUCCAGAGCGACGGACCACAUUAUCAGCACAGCGAUUUUGUUUUUGAAAACCAACAAUGGAGUCGGUAUAAUGUAUCGAAGCAUGUAUUUUACUGGCUGUACACAAGGGAGCAAAGUGGGGGUGUGCUUUUGGAUAAAAACGAUCCGAAUGCAAUUGAAAAAUCUUCUUUCGACGUGAAAAACCCAAUAAAAAUACCUGUUCACGGUUGGCAUGGAACUACUCACGAAAAGGAAGGCCUCUGUUCUUCGUUGGUCAGAUCAUAUUUGGACAUAGGACGUUUCAACGUGGUGUGCGUGGACUGGAAACAAUACUCGACGGAUGUAACUUACGCCACGGCUAAGUUGAAAGCAAAAUACAUUGGGUACGACAUAGCUAAAAUGGUAUUACGGUUGACGAAAAAUUUCAGCGAAGGAGUCGAAGGCGUUCAUUUAAUAGGACACAGUUUGGGUGCACAUAUUUGCGGAUUUGCUGGCAAAAAGCUAAACAACGGCCUACCGAGGAUCACCGGUUUGGAUCCUGCGAAACCGUUGUACGCCAAAAGUGGUCCCGAUGAUAGGAUAUCCGACACUGAUGCGGUUCUCGUAGACAUUAUUCAUACGGGCACCAAACGCCUUGGAUUAUGUCAACCCUUAGGGCAAAUUGACUUUUACCCAAACGGCGGUGAAGCACAACCUAAUUGCGGCAAGAGUGAUAAAAAAUCUGGAUCGUGCAGUCAUUGUAAGUCCUAUCAUUUUUAUGCGCAUUCCAUAUGGGCCAAAGAAGAUUAUCCGUCUCUUGAAUGCCCUUCGUGGGAAGACUAUAAAAAAGGAAAUUGUGAAGGGAUGCCCGAAACCUACAUGGGCGAAUUCGUAAAUUCAAAACUCAAUGGAACAUUUUUCUUGUAUGCCUACAAAGAAGACAUACCGUGAAUGUCAUUGUAAAGUUAUUUUCUAAACGGAAACGUUCCAACACUUUCGUCGAUAAAUGUAUAUACAUAUAUUACUUUAAAUACUAAAAAGAUUUUACAAACAACUAUAGUCCACUAUUUUUUUUUUCUUAAAU